AUGAGACCAGAAGACUUUCUACCCCCCUCAGUUUUCCGACUGACAGAUAACAAGCCCUUCGCACCUCAACCUGCCCAGCUCGACGCCUCCAAAACCCGAGUGUCCCUGACCAAAUCGCCCAAACCGGUUCCUCCCUCCAACGCCCCCGAACUCUCCGGCCACAAUAUUUUCACAGACCACAUGGUCUGCGCACGCUGGACGGCCUCAUCCGGUUGGGAAGAUCCUGCCAUCCUCCCCCACGGUCCUCUAACAAUACCCCCAUCCGCCAGCGCUCUGCACUACGCAACCGCCUGCUUCGAAGGCAUGAAAGCCUACCGCGGACACGACGGCAAACUCCGCCUCUUCCGACCCCAGUACAACGCAGCACGCAUGCUCGCGUCCGCCACCCGUGUCUCGCUCCCCUCGUUCGACCCGACCCAACUCCUGCACCUCAUCCGCCAGCUCUGCGCACUCGACGCACCGAGGUGGUUACCCGCUUCCGCGGCGGGGUCAUCCCUAUACAUCCGGCCCACGCUGGUCGGCACAGACGACAGUCUGGGCUUCCAGGUUCCCCGCGAAGCUCUUCUGUAUAUAAUCAUCUCGUACUGGCCGAGCCCCGCUGCCAGCGGGGCGGGGCUGCGCCUGUGGGCGAGCGACUGCGAUAUUGUCCGCGCGUGGCCCGGCGGCUCUGGAUCCGCUAAGGUGGCUGCGAAUUACGGGCCCUCGAUCUUGGCGCAUAGCCAUGCGAGGCGGAAGGGAUGUGACCAGGUGCUGUGGCUGUUUGGGUCUGACGGGUGGGUUACGGAGGCGGGGUCUAUGAAUAUCUUUGUGAUCUGGAGGACUCGUCAAGGACAGCUGCAGGUUGUGACGCCGGGCCUGGAUGAUCAUACGAUUCUGGCUGGCGUGACGAGGCAGUCUGUUCUUGACCUUGUAAGGGAGCGGUUGUCUGGGGUGGCGGAGGUGAGUGAACAGGGGAUUGAACCGGUUGAGGCGCUCGAAUGUACGUUCACCAUUCAUGAUAUCGUCGCGGCUGCACGCGAAGAGAGAUUGUUUGGUUUGUUCGCGGUUGGAACGGCUGCGUCGGUGGUGCCGGUCCGUGAGAUACUCUUCAAGGAGGAAAGGAUCGUGAUUGAGUCGAGCCAGUCGCUCUAUGUAUCGCUGCUGCAGGGGUGGAUGGCGGAUAUUACCUCUGGCAGAGAGCAGAGUAUGUGGACGGAGGUAGUGGAUGAGAGCAGCCCCUAG